UUGACAACCCAAAAUGCAAUCAUGGCGCACGGGGUACUGUGUUUUUAGAAUGCUGAGAAGUUUUUACGUAAAUACUUCGUUAUUUUGCGUUAUUACUGAUUUACGUGUUUUUAUAAAUUAUCCGUAAGUCCUGGAGUUCGUAUAAAAGCAUACAUGUGUCGCCAAAAUUUGAAAUUUUCCACAGUUCCCAACAUCGUCUCGGUUUCACUAGACACUUGCAGAUAACUUUGUUGGUGUCAUAAUGUCAGAGGCGUACGCCCGCGAGGUACUGCGGAGGAAUGUUGCGCAAAUAUGCCAGACCAUUGGAUGGAACGGAAUAAACUCGACGCCUUUGGACAUCCUGGUCCACGUUCUAGAAAAGUACAUCAGGACACUUGGCACACAAGCAAACAAUUUUGCUGAACAAUUCAAUAGGACUGAACCAAAUUUGGAUGACUUAGGCUUAGUGUUUCGAGAUCUACAUGUGCAACUGCCCGAGUUACUAGACUAUUCCCGUAGUGUGCCUCCUAUACCACCACCGGUCACUGUUGAACGGUUUCCCAAACCUAAAGAGUCUAAUCUGAACUUCCUCAAGCCUGGCAGCCAUGAGGUGGUCACGAGGCCCAUGCAUGUGCACGAGCACCUGCCCCCCAUGUACCCGGAGAAGGAAAGGGAAACACCUGUUGUGGCCGACACUGUGGAGAUCCGGCAAAAUGGAAUUGACACAGCAGCACCUAGCACUACAUGUACUAGCCCUGAAAUAUCAGUCACAGAUAGUCCAGAGAAGAGUAAGGAUCCAUUCAAGAGACCAAGUGACCCUAUCUCACUACCUACCAGCAAACGGCCAAGAUUAAGACUGGAGGAAGAGGAGAGAACUAGAGAAAUUAGCAGCGUUAUGAUGACUAUGUCAGGUUUCCUGUCACCAGCACGGGAAGGCAAGCUGCCUGAAGCAAAGGCACCAACUAUUGUUUCAGACAGGCAUCAUGACAAACACAAGGCAAACUCGCAUCAUUCUAAUCUUAUGAAAGUACCCUUACAUCCAUCAAUAGACAAAAUUGACAAGAAAUCAAGAAAAUCUAAGUUGUUAAAUGGCAAAAUUAUGAAAAGUAAAAGGAAAGACAAGAGUCAUAAAGGUGAAAGUAGUAAAUCUAAAGAUAGCAGUAAAUCCGACAAGUAUCCUCCAGGAUACCCAUCUAAAAGUAGAGAUAUUCAUCCAACAAACCAUAAUCAUAAUAUUACAAUGCCGGCCCCUAAGCAGCUUCAAUCUCCCAAGCCAGUGCCACCACUGGUGCCAGUCCAGGAAAUCAUAAAGCCAGUGAUUAAGCAAGAGCCCAUGGACUAUCCCCCUCCACCCCCAGUGGUGAACAAACAUACAGUCACCGCAGAAGAUGCAAUCCCUGUGCCUAGAAAGAUCCCCAUCUCAAAAUCUCCACUAGUAUCCAAUGUGCCUCUACAUAGGAAUCAAACAGCUGGCAAUUCUCUAAUACCAGACAUCGAAAUAAAGAAGGAAGUCAUAGAUGAAGAGGUGAAACUGGCCUCGCAGCCAGACAGAUCAAAAAUUAACAUAUUUAAGAAAAUAUCGAACAAAUCUAAAGAAGAUAAAGUGUCUUCUGAUGCAAGCCUUGAUAAAUCUCCUAACACUUCAUCAAGAUUACACAAUUCCACUACAAUAGAAAGCACAAGUGAAAACAGAAAUGAUAAUUUCACAACAAAAAGUGAGGAUUCGUUUGUGAACAACAAUGAUGAUAGUGCAUUAGAUUUGUCCAAAGAAAUGGACUUAACAACCAAUGAAGUGAUUAGUAUAGAUGAUGAUUCAUUUGACAUGAGCCCAGAGCCCAGGGCACUUGUUCAUCCAAAGCAAAGUCAUAUACCGCCUUUGCCUGGCUCAUUAACAAUUAAAAAGUCCUUACAAUUACCUUAUCCCAAAGAUAUAGCUGGUGUGAGUCCAAAAAUCAAAAAGGAAAAGAAGCACAGAGAGAAGAAAGACAAAGCGGCGGAAAAGGCGGCAAAAUUAGAGGCGAAACUGCUGAAGCAACAACAAAAACAACUAGCCCUUGAGAUGGCACAGGCGCAGAAGCCUGGUCUGAAGAUGGCUAAAUCUCCUAAGUUAAGCAAGCCAAAGAAUGAUAAGUCAAAGCCGUUGCCGCCGGGAUUCCCGUUCUUUCACAACAUGGCGCCGGGACGAGGACUCAUGCCGGGUCCAGGACUCAUCCCUGGGGGAGACUUUCUCGCAGGGCUCGCCAACAACCCGGCUCUACGCGGUCUCGCCCCUCCCAACCUGCUAGCCAAUCCGUUCGCUUUAGGAGCUUCUGGCCCAGGACUCAUCCCCGGCCCAAGCUUCUUACCGGGCAUGCCCAACCCUCUCAUGUCCAUGGGCAACUUCGGCCAGUCCUCCCGCUCCUCCUCUAGCAAAAUACCUCCCAUGCUCCGCCGGCCGAGCCUAGAAGUCAUCCCAGUUGAUAACGACGAAGACAGAGGGACCCACAAGUCGCCCGGCUCGAGAGAUCGACUGGACAAGCACAAGUCGCCGACCAUUCCAAACAUACUGCAGAAACACAAGUCCAAGUCGCAUAAGGAGCAUAAGUCCAAUAUGUAUAAGAUGCCUCCCGUGCAGCCGGAUAUCACGAUAGAGUUGAACCCCCCUAGAGAGCCGGAGCCGCCGCCGCCCCCGCGCGCGCCCUCACCCCCGCCCGCGCCCGAGCCUCUCAGACAACCAACACCCACAAUGGAGGAAGACCUACCCCCAGAAGAGACAGACGACAACCUAGACAAAUCCGAGAAAAAGAAGGACAAAGCACAUAAAAAGGAGAAGAAAGACAAAGACGGCCUAAAGAUCAAGAAGAAGAAAGAUAAGAAGGACAAAAACAAAGAUAAGUCUGAAAAGAAAAAGGAUAAGGACGACAAGUCGGAACUGAAGGAGUUGAAGGAUCGAAUAAAGAAGGAGAAAAAGGAGAAGAAAAAAGAUAAAAUUGCGGACGGAUUAGUUCCCAAACUGACGCUGAAGCUCGGAUCUGCUUCGCCGAUGCCGCCGAGCUCGCCUGACAUCUUCAAGUUGAACAUAAAACCGAUCGUCAAGAAGGAGGAAGAAGAUGAGGACAGUCCAGCGCCGGUCGAUGACCCCGUGUCGAGAGAAAACAGUCGCUCGCCUGAGCUAGCACAGUUCGCACCUCUGGUGACCAGACCGCCCAAACAAAAGCACUCUAAACACAAUCACACGGCAGAACAAGAGCCGAAAUCACCACCGCCCUCAGGCAGCUCGCCGACUCGCAAGAAUCGGCCCCCAUCCAGUAAUAAAUACAAGAGGAUACUGUGCAAAACGCUAGCUAAGAAAGGGCAGGCGUUCGAUGAUGACAUGGAAAUGGCGGAGGACGUUGAGGGGGUUCCAACGCCGAUUCCGGUACCGGUACCGACUGUGGCCACGGAUAAGCCUUUGGGUCCAUUACCGACGCCUUACUACGUAGACGAUCAAGGCAACAAGAUUUGGGUGUGUCCAGCGUGCGGACGACCCGAUAAUGGAUCCCCUAUGAUUGGUUGCGAUGGCUGCGACGGAUGGUACCACUGGGUAUGCGUGGGGAUCACUGAGGAGCCAGGGGCCACUGAAGACUGGUUCUGCAAGUCAUGCACGGCCAAGCGGGCGGCCAUGGUGUUGGCCGAAGUCACGCCCGGCAAGAAACGCGGCCGAAAACCAAAAGGAGAAAAAGUCAGAGACUGUAAUUAAAUGGAACUUUCGUUGUUACUGAGAUUAGUUUUAAUUUUCUGUUCGAUUGUCGUGAUUAAAUGGAAUGCUACUUGUUAAAUGGAUUAAUUGUUGAAUGAUAUCGUGAGGAAAAUGUUUCAUCAUUUAUAAUGUUAUUUCAUAGGCUAGCCGUAAGAAUAGAUUAUAAUUAAAAGAAUAUUGACAUAAAAUGUUGAGCAUAAAUAGUGUAGUUACUCGUAAUUACCAUAAUUUUAAUAUUUUGUUACAUUUUGUCUAAUUUAGCCGCGCUCGUUCGAUCAAGAGUAACAUAUUGCGAGUAUGUGUGUGUAUGUGUUUAUUUCACACUACACAACGCCUGUAAACAUAGAAUUUAAUUGUAAGAUUCUUUUUAUAUUGUACAAAAACUGAAUUUACUUAAGAAAUUGGUGAUGUAUAAAGUAAUGUAGUGACUAUUUAAAUAAACAGAAAGAAGGCUGGAUGUAUUUUCAGCUAAUAUUUGAAUAAUAUUUUCAUAUAAUUUUAAUAUAACCCUGUUUUUUUUCUUUUUGUUGAAUUUGUUCCUCCAAUUUUAUGUACAAUAUUAAUUUUUACAUGGAAACGGGAGGCAAUGUAAAGUUUUUUGAUUUCAGCCAGUGGCCAAUUAAAUAUUAUUGGUACUUGA